AUGAGAAUUGACCAAAAUUACGACGCGAGCGAGUCGAAUAACAGCCUUUUUCUGAAAGCAAUAAUCGUCUAAUUUAAUAAGAACUUUUAUAUUUUACAAUGUUAUAUUGCUAAUGAAGUGCCUAAAUAUUUUGAUGGUUUUUUAUAAGUAGUGCAUUUAAUGCUAUAGUGAUGUCGAAGAACAAAAUCGCCGCACGGAUAGACAGUCAAAAUGUUGAAGUCAAAACUAAGUUUGAUGCGGAAUUCCGGCGAUUCUCCCUCAACAGGUCCGAGAAGCUCAAGUAUGAGGACUUCAAGGGUCUAAUCGAGAAGCUGCACCGACUGCAUGACGUCACAUUCCUCAUCUCCUACACGGACCCUCGGGAUGGGGAUCUGCUGCCCAUCAACAACGAUGACAACCUCGCGCGCGCGCUGCUCACUGCCCGUCCACUGCUCAGGGUCAUCAUACAGAGGAAGGGUGAUAGCCUUGAAGAGCUGAAUGGGUACGGCACGAUGCGGCACCGAAACUUCAUCUCGUCCAUACUGAGCGGCACGCCCGCCAAGAACAAGGGGCUGGCCAUCUCCAACCCUCACGACUUCAGAAUGGUGUCGGCCAUCAUCGACGUGGACAUCGUCCCAGAAACGUGUCGGAGGGUCAAACUGCUCAAGCACGGCUCGGAUCGGCCGCUAGGGUUCUUCAUAAGAGACGGCACGUCGGUGCGCGUGACGCCGGGCGGCGUGGAGCGAGCGCCCGGCAUCUUCAUCUCGCGCCUCGUGCCCGGCGGCCUGGCCGAGUCCACCGGCCUGCUCGGCGUCAACGACGAGGUGCUCGAGGUCAACGGGAUCGACGUCUGCAACAAGACGCUGGACCAGGUGACGGACAUGAUGGUGGCGAACUCGUCGAACCUGAUCAUCACGGUGCGGCCCGCCAACCAGCGCGCCGGCCCGCCGCCGCCCCCCUCGGCCUCGCAGCCCAGCUCCGAGCCCGACGACGACAGGUUCGACCAAGACGAGCAGGACGAGAUAGUCGACCUGACGGCCGUGACCCUCGAGGAACCGGAACCCUUCCCCCUGCCCCUGCCCCUCCCCCUGCCGAGCAAGGACGACGGCCAGGUGCUACAUCUGUAGUGCGUGCAGUACAGUGCAGUGAUUACAGUGCAGUGCAGUGAUUACAGUUCAGACAUACCCUACCCAUCCUUAUAGAUAGCAGAAAUACCGGUUGAUUCACUUUGAACCUUGUCAAAAUGCACGUAGGUUAUAUCGGGCUGUAGACGCGCGUCAAUCGAAUAAAGAAGGGUCUACAGAGACAGUUAAUCGCGGUCACCACACUUAGGAGCUUGAGUAUUAACUUAAUAAUUACGUUUAUUACCAGCGGCCUUAGCAUGGUCGCAUUUUUAUCACCUGUCACCAUGCAUGUCACGUUCUAACAAGUAUGUAAGUGCGAUGACAGGCAUAGUGACAAGGCGAUAAAAAUGCUUGUAGUACAAGUGGAAGUACUUCUAACAAAAGCUGUCAAAAAGUGACAUCCGCAUGUAUUACAAGUUACAAGCUUUUAAAAAACAGGCCCCUGUACUCAUUACAUUCAAAAUAUAGUGUGGCAAACCAAUUAGUCAAAAAAGGCGCGCAAUUUAAAUUUUGUCUAGAUAGGAGAUCGAACCUUUACUGACGAAACUAGUUUAACAGACUAUAUCUACAAAAAUUGAGUUCUAGAGAUGAACAUGAGCUGUUUUAUCAUCAAAUUGUCGCGGUAUAAUAUUUUACAAGAAAAAAUUCACCUAUGUGUGGCAUUGUGUGGUGACUUCACGCUCUUUCUAAACGGUAAACGCUUCAUAAUGCGGUAUCAUUUAGUCUGUGGAAAAAUCACAUGCGUGUCAAAAGUGAAAUCUACAUACAGAGGCUUUCAAGGGCUCUGUCAUGUUGCACCAUAAGGAACUUUAAUUCAUAGGCUGAAGUGAGGCACCCCGUAAGUACUUACAUUCUACUACAUUCCAAAUUUGGAAGCCAAAUAGUCCACGUUCUGAAUCUUUUGGAAUGGUUGUUUAUGCCAUAUUCCAAUCAGAAGAACUAAGUUUACUCAGGAAAAUGUGCUAUUUUAAUAUUUAACACCUUCCAGAAAUAAUAGGGGAUAUUACUGCAAUGUUCUGCCACCAGAGUGCAGGACUAGCCUUUUUAGUAAACCACAGAGUAACUUAUACAUACUGUACCUUUAACAGGUUUUUGACAAGUUUUUAAAGAUAAUAAAAUAUGACAUUGAUGCAUCAAGGCGGUUUGUUUACAGAGGUCCUACCGGGAAACGCAAAUCCGAAAUUUCGCUAUCUGCCUCUUUAUCGCUCGAAUAUGCAAGAGUGACAGAGAUGUUAGAUAACGAAGUUUCGAUUUUCUUGUUUCGCAAUAGACCCUCAGAUUGUGGUAGUGGCGCCACCUACGCAGUUUCGCGUAAUAUUCCCUAUUCAUAAUGAUUGGACUAACAGGCUGUGCUUGCCCUUUUUAGGGGUGUAAAUUGGUUUGAUAAUAACCAGUUGAUACCGGUUCAAAUAGUAAAUACCGGUUCUAUAAUUACUACCCGUGAUGUGGGAACCAGCAUCACAAUACUCUGUAGCAAUAAUUAAUUUGGUCAAUUUAGGAACUUUAACAUUCCAGAAGGCUUGAAAUAAUUAUUUUUAAGAUUUCCUUUUUUAUAGAAAAUCAUUUUAUACUAUCGACAAUAACAAUAGUUUUAAAAAUUAUUAUAUUUAGCGUCAAAAGUCCAUCCGUUUUAAAUAAAAAAAUCAUAUCAUUUAAUGUAUUAUAUUUCAUAGUGUCAACUUGCAAGAAUGAUAAUCGAAAAUACUGUGGGUCCAGAACUCAAUUUUUUUUUGUCUCACUCAAAUUGUCUUUCAAACUAAUUCUUGUCAUACUUACCUACAACAUAAUAUUUUGAAAUUUUGACGCAGUAGAUAGGCACAAAAGUUUUAGUAGUUUAAACCCCCUCGACCCUCUAUAGUCCUUAAUGGCUCUGGUUAAAAAUACAUAAAAAAGGGUUAUGUUCGUCAGGACGAACAUAACCAAUGUUGUUAUCUGAAUAAGUGCCAGUUGCAACAUCCGUACUUGACAGACAGACCCGACGCGCCGCGCCGCGGCGGUUUACUAUGAAACUUUCCAUACAAUCAAAUUUAGCACUCUUUAACGGUGACAAACAGUUUGGUGCAACCGACCCUAAGUAUUUCUAGCAAGUUGUCUCUUAUAUUAAAUAUACCUUUACUAAAGCUAGCUCACCUUAUCCGUCUUUGUUUAUAAAACUAGUGUUAACUUUAUACUCUUCCCAUGGAAGGUGCUAUUAUGAAAUCGAAAUUCAUCAAAUGAAAUUAUGUGAAAUGUUUGAUUACAAUAAGCACAUUUGAUAUCAAUUUUCAUCAAUAUUGUAUAGGCUUAUCGUAACCGAGUACUUAAUACACGAAAUCAGUAUUUAGUUCCUAUGUUGUGAAGUUGUUAUUAAAAUUAUGUUAUACCAACUAGUAAAAGAAAAUUUAGUAAUAUCUAAAGGUACUGAUAGGAAAAGAAAGUGCGUCAAAUUUAUAGAUACGAUAUAAUUUCAUACCUAACACAAAGAAAUUACUUGGCUUACUUAAAAUUAUGUGGCGAAGACAGGGCAAGUACUCUCGUAUUUGUGUACGUACUUCGCUCAGACACAGUCAGAAAGUAAUAGCUUCGCUCCUACCGACCUUGUUUAAGUGUAGUAUGUGUACAAGCACAGAAUAAAAUAAUAGUACUAGGUACAGAAACUCACUCUCUGACAAAACGCGUACAUUACGACAGAUAUGACCGCUAGGUGGCGCAAGCGCGAACAGGCGUCCGUUCCGUAGCGGUGCGCGGCAACUACUAUGGCUAGACACCAAAAUUGGUGUGGGCCGCAUGUACUUGUAGCGACGCGACGAAAUAGCGGUCUUCUCCACAUUGAACUUAAACCGCUCUGAUUACAUUUUGUGUUCCAAAACCUAUGUCAGUACCUCUAAUUGACGAAAUACGUCACCAACGAAAACAUACAUUCCAGUAAAAGACACAUCAGUGCCUUGAAUCUCUAUACCUUGUUUUAUAUGCAUUUAGCUUGUAUGUACAUGUACACAAUUAUCAUUUAUAAGUUAUUUGCUACAAUAUUAGCUUAGCCAUCAAGCAAAAAGUAUUCACGGCCUUAUGAAAACUAUUUAAUUCUUAAUUUAAGGAUCAAUUUUAAAAUAUGAAAAUACCUACAACUACAUGUAUUGAAAUUUAUAUGUAAUCCAGGCCUUAUGGUAUAGUAACAGUCUAAUAUCGUGCCUUGUAUUACGACCACGAUAAUUUGCAAGCGUUUUUGACCAGUUUUUACACAUUAUUAUUAAGUGUAACACCGACUACUAUUAACUUGUAUAUACAUCGUCUUUUACAUAAUGUCAGUAAGUAUGUUAGAAUAUUGUGCAACUGUAUAUUCCACCGUCCAAAUCAUUUUGUUAUUCGUGGCGUCAUUUAUGCUAACAUUCAUAACAUAAUUUAUAAAGUUUAUCUUUCUUUGCAUUCAUAUUUAUAUCCCACAAGUCACAUUUAUCAUAUACAAUGAAAAUAUUUAAGUAACUCAAUCAUGUAUGGUAUUAAAAAUAUGAAUUAUGUUAUUAGAGUUCUCUAUGAAAAUACCUAAGUAAGAAUGUGACAAAUUAAAAGCUAUAAACAUUAAUAUCAGCCGCAUUUCAACUGAGCGAUAAAAUCAUGUUUUAAUGAAAUGUUUAGAUUUUAUAACACAUUUAUCGUAUCAAAUGCUUUAGUUAUUGAUUUCUAGAUCAAAAUAAUGUUAGUUUCGAGCUUAAAUUAAUUAUUUAGGUUUAUUUGUAUUUAAUUUACUUAAUGCAUGUAUUGUUAGCAUAGUUAUACAUAUCAUGUAUGGCUCUGAGGAGUCGGCGGAUCAAAUGUUGGUAGGUAUUGGUACAUUGGUUGUUGCGAAAUUAUUUAUGAAAUAUGUUGUUCACAAUAAUUGUUAGUGGCAUCGGCAUUAUGGUCAAUUAAUUGCAAUUGUAUUCUAUUUGCAAAUUAAUGAUGUAUUCACAUGCUAAAUGAUUUUUGAUUUUCAAGUCUCCAUUCAGAGACACGAAUAGCCUUCGGCAAAUUUAUAAGAUACUGUUUUGUUCAUUGUAGCGUACACGGUUGAGUUUCGAAUCUCAGUUCAGCUAAUGUCAUGAUCAGGGUACCAAUGAUAUACAAGUAUGGCAAGAUUAUAUUGUGUUAACAACAAAAUGUAUAGUUACACACCUCGAUAAAAACCUAUGUCGCCGAGCGUAUAGGUCUCGUAAGAAAUGAAAUCCAUAGUAUUACUUAGUAUUUUUUUUUGUAAUUGUCAUGUAUAUUUUAAUCAAUGAGUGAUAUUCCAUUUGACAUCAUUUUUGUUUCUGUAUACAUUUUAUGUUUUGUAUUAAUGUUCAGAUUGUACUUAAUUGUUUUAUAUCACAUGUUGCCUUUUAAGCGUUUUUGGAUGAAAUUUACAUAUUAUUUGCUGAUUGGCUCAAAAUUGGUCCAAAAUGAUGUUUGUAGUCAAAUGAUUAUACAUAGUUUAGGAGAUACGUUAUAUUUACACUCUAAGCUAGUAUACAUUUGUGUUGUAUGUAAUAAAAUAUAUUCUUAUUUAA